AUGGCGAUCUUCACAGCCAUCCUGGUACUUGCGUGUCUUUUCUCUGGAUGGCCUGAUGUCACCGCUCAAGGAGCCGACAAUAUAGACAUAGCAGCGCUGAGGAAAACCCUCCAAAGUGCCAUAGAGCUGGAGUGGGCCACCAUCCCUCCGUAUCUGAACGCUGCCCUCAGCAUCAAGAAUGGUACAAACAAGCCGGUGAAUGGUAUACUGUGGAGCAUCUUGUACAACGAGAUGGAUCACAUGGCGCUGGCGUCCAACAUGCUGAACGCCAUAGGCGGGGCGCCCGUGCUGAACGACCCAGCCAGAACACCGCGGUACCCGGGCCCCCUCCCCGCUGGCUGCCUCCCCGACCUCAACGUGACGCUGGAGAAGAUGACGAGGGCUCACACGGAAAGGGUGUUCAUGGGAAUCGAAACGCCCGAAUGCGAAGACUCCGUCACAAAAUACCACGAUCUCAUUUCAAAAGCAGCAUCCCCAGAAGCGUCCAACAAAACGUCUCAAAGCGUGGAAGACGCCUUUCCUGGACUCUUGGCUAAAUGUAACGAAAGGGGGUUCAGUCCAGCUACCAUAGGGGCGAUCUAUAUCCACAAGAUUCUGUGUCCUAUGCUGAAGCUGGAGAUGCAAGCACAAGGAAGCCCCGAAGGGACUAUAUUCACAGGAGAUCCCGGGCGUCAAGUCUCGAUUCCCUUCAAAGUCAGCAACCUUACCACAGCUAUCAGAGCUAUUGCCUUCAUCACUUCCCAAGGAGAGGGCGGAGAUGCUUGCAACCCUUAUGUUGAUGACCAAUUUACUGACAACAAUAAGAAGAAGGUUCCGUCUCACUACUUCAAGUUUGCCGAGAUCGUCAACGGCAAGGAGGUGGAGUAUGGAGGUAACUCUUGCCCGGCGAGACAGCCGUGGUGCCGCGAUUACUUUGCCCCUUGCAAUGGUAUCAACUGUGAGAACGCCAUUACCUUCAACGGAACAGAAGUACCCUUCGAUGAGAACGAGGUGUGGCCAAUCAUCUCCAACCCCAGCACCGAUCUCUACCCUCCUGGAUCCAUGGCAAGGAAUCUGUCAGAUGCUUUCAAUGCAGAGUACGUGUCGCUCAUGCAGUGCCUACAUGAUGCUGUGAACGGACAACCAGACAAGAUGUUUGGAGAGUGUAUCCCCGACAUGAAAGGUCUCAGAAGCAUAGGCAAUCAACUCGUGCAGACGCCCAUCAAUCCAGGAGGUGAUCCUGCCGUCGGUCCCAACGCCUCUCCCACCUACGAGGUACAAGGGUCGCUACUGAACGGGAAAGCGGAUUCAGCGUCAGCUCGGAGUUAUCCACAGAAGCUUUUUUCUCUUUUUUUGUCAUGCUCUUUUAUUUUUCGGGCCAUGACUACUUUAGUAGCCUGCUAA